GGAGGCAUGCCCGAAACGCUGAGCUCUACCAGGAUGUUUACCCCCUGUGGCUUCAGUCCUCAUCUUCACUCGGCAAAAGAAGAUGAUCAAGGGGGACUGAUCUUCCAGGACGGAAAUCUUGCCUCUGCAUCUCUUGAUGCUUUAAUCCAGCAUCUUAUACCUACAACUGAUUACUACCCUGAAAAGGCCUAUAUCUUCACAUUCCUACUGAGUUCAAGACUCUUCAUUGAACCUCAUGAACUUUUGUCCCGAGUUUGUCACAAGUGCAUUGAGCAGCAGCGACUGGACGACCCAGUGCUGGAUAAGGCACGGAUCAGAAAAUUUGGGCCGAAACUCCUACAGUUGUUGACAGAAUGGACAGAAACAUUCCCCUCUGAUUUUCAAGAAGAGCAGAUGAUUGGCCAUUUGAAAGACGUGAUUGACAGGAUAGCCCCGUGUGAUGAGGCCUACUGGAAAAGGAUGAAUCAGCUUUUGCAAGCCCUGAAUCAGAAGCUAGCAACCCUUGGCCAUGGGCAGGAAGGAAUAGUCAAGAUCAAUGCUGCUGUUUCUGACAAGCUGGUUGCCUUUAAAAGUAAACCGCCAUCCAUUCAGAGGGAAAUCCUGACCGUCUGUAGUGACCCCUACACUCUGGCUCAGCAACUAACCCAUGUGGAAUUGGAAAGGCUGAGUCACAUUGGGCCUGAAGAAUUUGUGCAGGCGUUUGUACACAAAGACUCAUUGGACAGCACAAAGAAAAAGACUAGUAACCUAGAGGCCUAUGUGAAAUGGUUCAAUAGACUCUGCUAUCUGGUGGCAACAGAAAUUUGCAUGCCUGCGAAAAAGAAACAGCGAGCGCAAGUCAUAGAGUUCUUCAUUGAUGUUGCCCGAGAAUGCUUUAACAUAGGGAAUUUUAAUUCACUGAUGGCAAUCAUAUCGGGAAUGAACAUGAGCCCCGUCUCCAGGUUAAAGAAGACCUGGUCAAAAGUGAAAACCGCCAAAUUUUUUAUUCUUGAGCAUCAGAUGGACCCUACUGGCAAUUUUUAUAACUACAGAACUGCGUUGCGAGGGGCUGCCCAUCGAUCUCUCACUGCACACAGCAACAGGGAGAAGAUUGUGAUCCCUUUCUUCAGCCUAUUGAUAAAAGACAUUUACUUUUUGAACGAGGGAUGUGCUAAUCGCCUUCCGAAUGGGCACGUCAACUUUGAAAAAUUCCUGGAACUGGCUAAGCAAGUAGGAGAGUUUAUAACAUGGAAGCAAGUGGAAUGCCCUUUUGAGCAAGACCAUAACAUCAUCCACUACUUGCAUACAGCUCCCAUCUUCACUGAGGAUGGUUUGUAUCUGGCUUCCUAUGAAAGUGAAAGCCCGGAGAACCAAAUUGAAAAAGAAAGAUGGAAAUCCUUGAGGUCUACUAUUUUAGGAAAGACUUGAAGACUGAGAUUAUUGCAAUAUGACCAGAAAAAAAACAGCAAAAAUAUUUUGCACUACUGCGUCCAAAGAUGCCUAUUUGGGAUUUAGUCUCUUUCUUUUUCUUCCUUUUUAUUUUUGGACUGCUUAAUGUGAUGAACUGGAUUCAUCCAUUGAAAUUAACAGAAUUGACUGACCAUAUGCACAAGUAUGCUUUUCGAAUUACUCAAGAGGGGAAGGACAACAGAUUAUUUGUAGCCAUACCAAAACUAUGUCAGUAUCACUGUAACCUGGCCUUAGAAAGAAACAAAACAAGAGCAAGGAAAUUGAUGGUGCUGCAACAGAGAAUGGUCUUUACUGGAGAACUAAAGACACAACGUGCACAUUGCAGAAGCAGGUGUUUCAAACAGCAGCUUGCUAAUCCUUUCUGAGUACAGUAUUGUAAAAACAAAUUGUGUCAAGCGGAACAGCAAUCUGGUUAAUUGCUAAGGAAGAAAAGAAGGAUUUUAUUUUACAUCAGCAGUCUUCAGCCUUGUUGAACAAUGCACUGACUUCAGCAGAGACAAGCUGCCGGUGGAUAAAAAUGUGUGUAUGCUACAUCAGCAUGAAAAAUCAUGCAGACCCCACGAAUUUUUACAUAGAGUGAUGUGAACUGUGAACUUUGGUUAUUUCUUCUUUCUCUGGUUCUUGCCUUUCUUACUGUGAAUUUUGGCAGACUUUUCUCUGGGGUGUGAGCGAAAAAUGAGACAAAACACAGAUGUCUUGCGCACACUGAAAGCUCUGGGAAGCAAAUGGCUCAGAGUCUGACUUACCUCUAUUUAAAGUAUGUAAUUUAUUCCCUAAUUCUAUUGAUGCUGAUGAGAGAGGUGUUUUUAAGGCACCUUACCUCACUGACAAGUGCUAAAAGGUGGUUGUGUGAGGGAAAACUCAUCAGGUUAGAAUUUAUUUUGACUCCUCACUUUACCUUUGGAUCCAGUGCACCAUGAUAUUGGAAUACAGGGAAUGGGGAAGGGGAGGAAGAGCUGCCUAG